AUGGCUAAUAGCACAGAGGUGAAAGACUUCAUCCUGGAUGGUCUAACCAGUGCUGCAGAGCUACAGAUUCCCCUCUUUAUCUUGUCCACCUUCAUGUACCUCAUCAGUGUUUUGGGGAACUUGGGGAUGAUCCUACUGAUCCUCCUGGACUCUCGUCUGCACACCCCCAUGUACUUUUUCCUUGGUAACCUUUCUUUGGCAGACUUUGGAUACUCUUCAGCUGUCACUCCCAGCGUGAUGGCUGGGCUUCUUACAAAAGACAAGAUCAUCUCUUACAAUGCAUGUGCUGCUCAAAUGUUUUCUUUUGUAGUUUUUGUUUCUGUGGAAAAUGCCACCUUGGCAUUAAUGGCUUAUGAUCGCUAUGCGGCAGUGUGUAAACCCUUGCACUACACCACGGUCAUGUCGAGGAGUGUGUGUGUGCAUCUGGUUUUAGGCUCCUACUUCUGUGGUUUCCUGGAUGCCUCUGUCCACACCGGAGGUACAUUCAGUCUCUCCUUCUGUAAGGCCAAUGUGGUCCACCACUUUUUCUGUGACGUUCCAGCAGUCAGGCUUCUUGCUUGUUCAGAUAAACACAUUAUUGAGAUGGUUCUUAUUUUUGUUACCAGUUUCAAUGUCUUUGGUGCUCUUCUAGUUGUACUGAUUUCCUACCUGUUCAUAUUUAUCACCAUCUUGAAGAUGCACUCAGCUAAGGGAUAUCAGAAGGCUCUGUCCACCUGUGCCUCCCACUUCACUGCAGUCUCCAUCUUCUAUGGGACAAUCAUCUUCAUGUACAUACAGCCCAGCUCCAGUCACUCCAUGGACACAGACAAAAUGGCGUCCGUGUUCUACACCAUGGUCAUCCCCAUGCUGAAUCCACUGGUCUACAGCCUGAGGAAUAAGGAGGUCAAGAGUGCAUUUAAAAAGAUUUUUGAGAAGGCCAAAUCAUCUGUAGUAUUGAUGUUUUAA